UUAGUGGUUAUUGGUUUGAGAUUUGAAGGGUUGUGUGAAAUGUGUUUUUUUUUUCUUCUUUUGAUUGAGUGUUUGUUUUCUUUCAUUUCUUGUACAAUUUGGCUAUAUUCUUUGUUUUCUAAGCUGCUUUUGCAGAUUUACAGAUUCUUGGAAAUGUUGGUUGGUUGUUUUCUGGUUGAAGAUGUUUGUUUUCUAGGUUUAUUAUUGUGAUCUGCAGAUGUUUGAUGAUUUUAUUGUUUGCUUUUUUGGUUAGAAGGGUAAACCAUUCUUGCAGUUUUAUUUUGGUUCAUACUGGCUCUUUCCUCUAAUCGCUACACGAGAUUAAAAAAGAGUGAAAGGGACAAAAAAAGAUGAAUUCAAUUUGACUUCCACUUGAGAAUAUAAAAUUAAUAAAAAAGAUGAUGUGUUUUGGUCAAAGCAAUAGGAAGAAGUAAACAAAUUAGGGGAAAGAUUGAACCAAAUUGGACCUUUUACUAGAAUUGUGUGAAAUUUAGUUCAGUGAAUCAUAUAGUGGGUAGAAAAACAGAUGAAACCCAAAAAAUGGGAAAAAGGGGUUGAAGCGCUUGGUAUUAAAUAAUAAAUUAUAUCAACAGUCUAUUUUUUCUUAGCCUUUUGAUCUUAUUCCAGAGCGCAUCAAGACCAAGUUUCAAAUCUCCUUUUCUUCAACUGUUGAGCUUCUUUUUGGCGUUUGUCUUCAGUUUGAAUUGGAUCUAGACGGAUCAGGCUUAAAUACCAUUCUGCCUGACUAGUUGAGUUCUUUCAGCUUGGUCAUGGCCCUAAUUGUCUCUCAUCAGAAACAAGAGAAAUCGAUUACCUAGUCAUGGUCCUGCCUAAGCAGAACCGUGCAUGAUCUAUAUCUUAACAUUCAUACAGCUGUGAUUGCUUUCCCACUUGUGAAUCUAAAACUCUUACCAUACAGCAAAUAUGGCUUUUCAAGAGGGAAAGACUUAUGAAACAAAGAUGUUAAUGUGUCCAAGGACAUGGAUGCUGCAGCUUUGGUGAGAACGAUGUUUAGGAAAAGCGAAAACCAAAAACAAAGUUUGGAAUAUUUUAUUCAACUACUAUUGAGGGUUAUGAAAAUGGGUUACAGUAAAGGUUAACAGUGCCGAUUUUGUUAGCUUAUUUGCUUUUCCUUAAGUUAUAGAGGACAAUGGUCUUAAAAGUAGAGCAAGAUGAAGGAGCAAAUGUGAGAGACCCUCGAUCUGGUUCAGUCACAGAAAUCAAUACAUCAGUUCAGUGGUUUGAUGGCACUAAGGAAAGGAUUCAGAAGAUGUUUGAUAAGAUCGAACUUUCGGUUUCUUCAUAUGAUACUGCUUGGGUGGCAAUGGUUCCAUCUCCAAAUUCCUCAAGUGUUCCCCUUUUUCCUGAGUGUGCAAAGUGGAUAGUCGAUAAUCAACUCAGUGAUGGCUCUUGGGGUCUACCUCAUCGCCAUCCCUUAUUAGUUAAGGAUGCUCUAUCAUCUACAUUAGCAUGUGUCCUUGCCUUGAAGCGAUGGGGCAUUGGUGAAAAUCAAAUGAAUAAAGGCCUCCAAUUUAUUGAGUUGAAUUCUGGUUCACUGACUGAUCAGAAGCAACAUACACCAUUUGGAUUUGACAUAAUAUUCCCUGGUAUGCUUGACAAAGCUAAAUAUUUGGCUUUGAACCUGCCUUUGAAAUCAGAAUACAUAGAUGCAAUGAUUUGCAGGAGAGAUUUGGAGCUUAGAAGUGGCUGUGGUGGGAACACAGAAGCAAGAAAAGCCUACUUGGCAUAUGUUUCAGAAGGACUUGGAGAAUUACAGGAUUGGAAAAUGGUCAUGAAUUAUCAAAGAAAUAAUGGGUCACUAUUCAAUUCACCAUCCACCACUGCUGCUGCUUUUAGUCACGUUCAAGAUGCCGAUUGUCUUCGUUACCUGCAUUCAGUCUUAGAGAAGUUUGGGAAUGCAGUUCCAACCAUUUACCCUUUGGACAUAUAUGCUCGUCUUUUUAUGGUUGACACUCUUGAAAGGUUGGGAAUUGAUCGGCAUUUCAGGAAGGAAAUAAAAUUCAUUCUGGAUGAAACAUACAGAUAUUGGCUGCAGGGGAAUGAAGAAAUAUUUCUAGAUUGUACCACCUGUGCAAUGGCAUUUCGAUUAUUACGUGUCAAUGGAUAUGAUGUAUCAUCAGAUAUGUUAACUCAGUUCACAGAGGAACGCUUCUUAAAUUCACUUGGAGGAUAUUUAAAGGACACAAGCAGUGCCUUAGAGUUAUGCAAAGCUUCACAGAUAAUUUAUCCAGAUGAACCACUUCUGGAAAAACAAAAUUCAUGGACUAGUGAUUUCCUGAAACAGGAAUUAUCCAGUGGUUCAAUUUAUGCCAACAGACUCGGUAAACAUAUUACUGCAGAGGUUCAAGAUGCUCUGAAUUUUCCUUACUGUGCUGAUUUGGACCGCCUAUCUCAUAGGAGAUGCAUUGAGCAUUAUAGUGUUGAUGAAACAAGGAUUUUAAAAACCUCAUAUCGUUCAAACAUUGGGAAUGAACAUAUUCUUAAACUGGCGGUAGAAGACUUCAAUGCCUGCCAGUCAAUUCAUCGUGAAGAACUUGAACAUCUUGGCAGGUGGGUUGUGGAUAACGGAUUGGACAAGCUAAAAUUUGCUAGGCAGAAGCUGGGUUAUUGUUACUUCUCCGGUGCAGCUGCACUCUUCGCUCCUGAACUAUCUGAUGCUCGCAUGUCAUGGGCGAAAAAUGGAGUGCUUACUACUGUUAUUGACGACUUCUUUGAUGUUGGAGGUUCUGAGGAGGAAUUGCUAAACCUUAUCCAGUUGGUUGAAAAGUGGGAUGUAGAUAGCAGCACCGAAUGUUGUUCAGAGCAAGUUGAGAUCAUAUUUUCAGCACUUCACAGCACCAUUUGUGAGAUUGGAGACAAAGCGUUCACAUGGCAAGGACGUAAAGUGACAAGUCAUGUUAUUGAGAUCUGGUUGGAUUUGCUAAAGUCGAUGCUUAGAGAAUCUCAGUGGUCAAGAACGAAGGCGACGCCUAAACUCGAUGAAUAUAUGGCUAAUGGAUAUGUGUCGUUUGCUUUAGGACCAAUUGUCCUUCCAGCCCUGUACUUUGUCGGGCCUAAACUUGCAGAAGAGGAAAUUAGAAACCCUGAAUUUCAUGAUCUGUUUAAGACUAUGAGUACUUGUGGGCGUCUACUCAAUGAUUGGAGAGGCUUUCAGAGAGAAUCAAGUGAAGGCAAAUUGAAUGCUGUCUCAUUGCACAUGAUUCAUGGAAGUGAUGUUGUAACUGAAGAAGAGGCCAUCGAAAAAUUACAGGCUUUGAUUAGCAGCCAGAGGAGACAGCUGUUGAGACUAGUUUUGCAGGAGAAGAAUAGCAUCAUCCCUAGACCGUGCAAGGAUUUGUUUUGGAAAAUGAUCAGAGUUUUGCAUUUGUUUUACAUGAAUGAUGAUGGAUUCACCCUAGACGAGAUGAUGAAUGCUGCAAAUGCAGUAAUUAAUGAACCCCUCUCUUUCAUGAACUAGAGAAUCCAUGGACGAAGAUUGGUGAAGGGUGUUACUAAAGAAGAAAGUCACUUGGAACAAAAAAGAAGGGUGAAGCUAGUUAUUGUGCAGGAAAGUAACCGGUGAAAGCUAGUUUAUAAAAAUAUUUUCCUACCAUUUAAUAUCUCCUAGUCAUUGUGGUCUUAUGUUUUAAUUAGGCUUAAGGCAAAUAGCUCAUUUGUGCUCUUAAUUAGAUCUUUUAUACUUUAAUUUUAAUUUCAAUCACAUGCUCUCAUGUGACAAAAGAUGCUUCUAUUUUAAUUUAUUUUAUACUGAUAAUUAAAGAGACUUUUGAUUUC